UGGAGGCUGACGCUGCUUCUGUUUUCUCUACUCUUAACGCCCCCUCGCCCCUCGCCCCCCUCCGUCCUCCAGUCUCAGCCACCAUCAAUCAACGUCACUCCAGGGACUGGAGAGGGAAGGGGGGGAUAGGGGGCAGGAUGGAGGCCCCACUCCCGGAGGUUGCCUAGACAACACCAGAAAUCGUGGCCAGGGCCUCUUCCGCCUGCGGGGCGCUGCUUCCUGCAUCAGUCACUCCCGCUGGGGGCGGGGCGUAGGAAGGGGUUGGAUGUAGCGGAGCCUGGUCCCAGCCGGUGCUGCUCAGACUCCUCAGCUGUCGCCUUGGCCGCAGCCAUGGCAUCCUAUCCUGGCUCUGGCAAGCCCAAGGCCAAAUAUCCCUUUAAGAAGCGAGCUAGCUUUCAAGCUUCCGCUGCUGUUCCAGGACACUAGAUCUCGGACCCCCUGGCUGGUAGAGGGGUGUCUGACAUCUGGGCUCAUGCAUUGCUGGACCACAUCCCAGAGCUGGGGCUCAGCUGCCACUAUCCUUGACGUUUGCUUGUUCCUGUCUUGUGUUGAGUCUCUUCAGGAGAGGGGUGUCUUUGAGGUGGCUCCUGGGCUGCAUACCCUGCACCCUUUGGUGUGGCUCCCACUUUGCAUCUCUGCACCAUUUUCAGUUCAUGGUGUGGUGUGGCAGUGCCUAUCUUGAGGCUCGGGGUGGUCUGGGGGCCUCUCCGCUGCAGUCUGCCCGAUCCCUGCCGGGCCCCGCCCCCUGCCUCAAGCAUUUCCCGCUCGACCUUCGCACGUCUAUGGAUGGCAAAUGCAAGGAGAUCGCCGAGGAGCUGUUCAGCCGCUCGCUGGCUGAGAGUGAGCUACGUAGCGCCCCUUAUGAGUUCCCAGAGGAGAGUCCUAUUGAGCAGCUGGAGGAGCGAAGGCAGCGGUUGGAGCGGCAGAUCAGCCAGGAUGUCAAGCUGGAACCAGACAUCCUGCUUCGGGCCAAGCAAGAUUUCCUGAAGACUGACAGUGAUUCGGACCUACAGCUCUACAAGGAGCAAAGUGAGGGGCAGGGUGACAGGGGUCUUUGGGAGCGUGAUGUGGUGCUGGAACGGGAAUUUCAAAGGGUCACCAUCUCUGGGGAGGAAAAGUGUGGGGUACCAUUCACAGACCUAUUAGAUGCAGCCAAGAGUGUGGUGCGGGCACUCUUCAUCCGGGAGAAAUACAUGGCCCUGUCACUGCAGAGCUUCUGCCCCACCACCCGCCGCUACUUACAGCAGCUGGCUGAGAAGCCCCUGGAGACUCGAACCUACGAGCAGAGCCCGGACACCCCUGUGUCUGCUGAUGCCCCGGUGCACCCCCCUGUGCUGGAGCAGCACCCAUAUGAACAUUGUGAGCCAAGCACCAUGCCUGGGGACCUGGGCUUGGGUCUACGCAUGGUGCGUGGUGUAGUGCACGUCUACACCCGCAGGGAACCUGAUGAGCAUUGCCCAGAGGUGGAGCUACCAUACCCUGACCUACAGGAAUUUGUGGCUGACGUCAAUGUGCUCAUGGCCCUGAUUAUCAAUGGCCCCAUAAAGUCAUUCUGCUACCGCCGGUUGCAGUAUCUGAGCUCCAAAUUCCAGAUGCAUGUGCUGCUCAAUGAGAUGAAGGAGCUGGCUGCUCAGAAGAAAGUGCCACACCGUGACUUCUACAACAUCCGUAAGGUGGACACACACAUUCAUGCCUCAUCCUGCAUGAACCAGAAGCAUCUGCUACGCUUCAUCAAGCGGGCGAUGAAGCGACACCUGGAGGAGAUUGUGCACGUUGAGCAGGGUCGUGAGCAGACGCUGCGGGAGGUCUUCGAGAGCAUGAAUCUCACUGCCUAUGACCUGAGUGUGGACACACUUGAUGUGCAUGCGGAUAGGAACACCUUUCAUCGCUUUGACAAAUUCAAUGCCAAAUACAACCCUAUUGGAGAGUCCGUCCUCCGAGAGAUCUUUAUCAAGACUGAUAACAGGGUGUCUGGGAAGUACUUUGCUCACAUCAUCAAGGAGGUGAUGUCAGACCUGGAAGAGAGCAAAUACCAGAAUGCAGAACUGCGACUCUCUAUCUAUGGACGUUCCAGGGAUGAGUGGGACAAACUAGCACGCUGGGCUGUGAUGCACCGAGUGCACUCUCCCAACGUGCGCUGGCUGGUGCAGGUGCCCCGCCUCUUUGAUGUGUACCGCACCAAGAGCCAGCUGGCUAACUUCCAAGAGAUGCUGGAGAACAUCUUCUUGCCACUGUUUGAGGCUACUGUGCACCCUGCCAGCCACCCAGAGCUGCACCUCUUUUUGGAACACGUGGAUGGUUUUGACAGCGUGGAUGAUGAGUCCAAGCCAGAGAACCACGUCUUCAACCUGGAAAGCCCCCUCCCAGAGGCUUGGGUAGAGGAGGACAACCCACCUUAUGCCUACUACCUGUAUUACACCUUCGCCAACAUGGCCAUGUUGAACCACCUACGCAGGCAGAGGGGCUUCCACACAUUUGUGCUGAGGCCGCACUGUGGGGAGGCUGGACCCAUCCACCACCUGGUGUCAGCCUUCAUGCUGGCUGAGAACAUCUCCCACGGGCUGCUUCUACGCAAGGCCCCUGUCCUGCAGUACCUAUAUUACUUGGCCCAGAUUGGCAUUGCCAUGUCACCUCUCAGCAACAACAGCCUCUUCCUCAGCUACCACCGGAACCCUCUACCUGAGUACCUGUCCCGAGGCCUCAUGGUCUCGUUGUCCACUGAUGAUCCCUUGCAGUUCCACUUCACCAAGGAACCCCUGAUGGAGGAGUACAGCAUUGCCACCCAGGUGUGGAAGCUCAGCUCCUGUGACAUGUGUGAGCUGGCUCGCAACAGUGUGCUCAUGAGUGGCUUCUCUCACAAGGUAAAGAGCCACUGGCUGGGGCCCAAUUAUACCAAGGAGGGCCCUGAGGGCAACGACAUCCGUCGCACCAAUGUGCCAGACAUCCGAGUAGGCUACCGCCAUGAGACCCUGUGCCAGGAACUGGCACUUAUCACCCAGGCCGUCCAGAGUGAGAUGCUGGAGACCAUUCCCGAGGAGGUGGGCAUCGUCAUGAGCCCGGGGCCUUAGUGAACCUGGUCCAUGCAGUGCUCGCCUCAUCUCAUCGCCUUGAUUGCGUCUGUUCUCAGACCCCUCCCACCUGGUGUGGUCUCUGCAUGUCUCCAUUCUUCAUUUCUGUCCUGCAUGUCUCUGACCAUGUCCUGGCCCUGUGGCCACCUCAGUGAAAGCAAGUCUAGGAAUCCACUUCACUGUUGUCUUGGCUGUGGUGGCAUCUGAUGGCUGAGUUUUAAGGGCUGGCCCUGUUAGUUAGUGACCCUGCCCCAGGACCAUCAGAAACUUGGCUGUCUUAUGGUGUCUUCAAUGUCCACAGGGGCUUGGAAUGGUUGUGUGGAGCUGGCCUCUUCAGCCUCUGAAGUCCUGCCUGGGCAAAUCCAGGCUUUGGCUAGAGCUGAAGUCAGCUUCCCUGUCUUGUUUAUGUGGCUGAGGGGCAGUCAGGUGGGUCCUGUUCCUUUCGGCUGUGGGUACUGGUUGCCCAGGAGGCUCUGUGGAGUUCAAGCAGCUCUGUGUUGGGCAGAGUUGGGCUUGGGGUUGUUCAGCCAGGACCCUGGAGGCGUGCCCUGAGGGCUGGAUCGUUGCCUCUGCCAAGUCACUGCCCAUCAGCCUCCUCCGUUCCGAGUCCAUGUGCUUCUUUGGGAUCAGCUUCCUGUGCCUCUGUGGGCAGGACAGCUGCCCUGGGCUGUGUGUGGGGCUACUGUAGCUGGAGGAUGCUAGGUCUGCCACUAGUUCUGGGGGGGUUAUACCCCAUUUGGGGUUCUCCGGGUCUUUGACCAGAUCCAGAUCCCAGCAGGCCCCUUGUGUUAUGUUCUGGACCGAGGCCUUUGCUGUGAAAAGCAGUGUUUCUGGACCGAGGCCUUUGCUGUGAAAAGCAGUGUUUUGUAUGACCCAUCUUUCCUAGUGCAUGAGAAAUAAAUAUUAUUUAAGUAA